AUGGAGUUGGCAGGGCCGGCCGCGAUCUUGACAUUACGCGACUUUGUGCGACCGCUGAUGGAACUGAUGACCUCUCUUCCCCAGAAUGAGAAGGUAAUAUUGGUAGGUCACAGCUAUGGAGGGUUUUGCAUUUCGCUAGCCAUGGAGAGCUUUCCCGAGAAAGUCGAAGUGGCAGUUUAUGUUGCAGCAUUCAUGCCUAGGCCGAAAAUCCCACCUGCACUUCUCUUGCAAGAGUUCUUGAGAGAAAUCAAACUGGAGGCGUCAAUGAAUCAAAAGUAUACCAUUGAUCAUAACCAUGAUCGUGGGGAGACAGACGACUACAUGGCCGAGAAGCUGUACCAAAACUGUCCACCAGAGGACCUGGAAUUAGCAAAGAUGUUACCGAGACCGGUGAAGAUGUUCAUGGAGGACUUGGCAGACGAAUCCUUGCUCACGGAAGAGCGAUUUGGGUCAGUGGAAAGAAUUUUCGUGGUGUGUGGAGAUGACAAGCUAAUGGAGGCUGACUUUCAGCGACGGAUGAUUGAUCGGAGUCCUCCCAAGGCGGUGAAGCUGAUCGAAGAAGCCGAUCACGUGGCCAUGCUCUCCAAGCCCCAUGAGCUUUGUCAAUGCUUUGAGGACAUUGCAAAGAAUUGCAGUUGAGAAAUGGAGUUCUCAUUUGCACCAUAAGCAAUCUGCCACAUUAUUGUUACUAUAGUAACUCUGUGGACUAAAUAACAUGAUUGUAUUCCCUAAA